AUGGCCGUCCAGCGAGUGGACAUUGACCAAGGCUGGGAAUUCAGACAGGCCAGCAGCCUCAACAACGCGACGGCCUCGUCGUUUUUGCCCGUCGCCCAGUUUCCGACGGUCGCCCACAUCGACCUGCUGCACCACAAGCUGAUUCCCGACCCCUACAUUGACGACAACGAGCUCACGUGUCUCUGGGUCAACGAUGCAGACUGGACCUACCGCACGACCCUGCCCGCGACGCCGCUGCCGACGCCGCAGGCGCGGGCCGUUCUCGUCUUCGAGGGCCUCGACACCGUCGUCGACGUGUUCCUGGGCGGCACGCGGAUCCUGUCGAGCAAGAACAUGCACGUCGAGCACCGCGUCGACGUGACGGAUCAGCUGCGGGCAGCCGGCGGCCCGUUGUCGCCGGAGUUGUCGCUGGAGCUGCAGUUCAGGGCGGCGCCCGCGUUUUCGCGGCAGGAAAAGAAGCGCAUCGGCUACAAGGGCAACGAGACGGACGUGCACUUUGGUGGGCCGGAGCGUCUCUUUUUGCGCAAGGCGCAGUACCAUUGGGGCUGGGAUUGGGGCCCGGCCGUCAACACGUCGGGGCCCUGGAAGCCCGUCUACCUCGAGGUCUACGAGACGCGCAUCGACCGACUGGUGGUCCGCCAGCAGGUGUCGGACGACUUGGCGGCCGCGACCAUCAGCGUCCAGGGCCGCGUGGAGACGGUCGCCAAGGCGCAGGAGCACGUCCAUCUGCACGUCAGCGAUCCCUCCGGCGCGUCUCUCCACAGCCACAGGCUUCAGACGGCGGCGGAUGGCUCCUUUGCCACGACCGUCGCCGUGGACACGCCCCAGCUGUGGUACCCACACAUGUAUGGCGACCAGCCUCUCUACACCGUGUCGGCGAGCGUGGCCCUCCCCGACGCAGCGUCAUCUCAGGACAGCACCAUCACCGGCACCAAGACCAGCCGCAGGAUUGGCCUGCGCCGCCUCCGGCUGCUGCAGCACCCGCUCAAAGAGGCCGCGGGCACGUCGUUUGUCUUUGAAGUCAACAACAUCCGCCUCUUCUGCGGCGGCUCCUGCUGGAUCCCGGGCGACUUUAUGCUGCCGCGCAUGACGCGCCAGCGCUACCGCGACUGGAUCCAGCUGGCCAGGGACGGCCACCAGAGCAUGAUCCGCGUCUGGGGCGGCGGCAUCGUCGAGUCGGACGACUUUUACGACCUCUGCGACGAGGCGGGCAUGCUCGUGUGGCAGGACUUUCUGUUCGCCUGCGGCAACUACCCGGCGUCGGGCGAUUUCCUGGACAGCGUGCGCCGCGAGGCCGAGCAGCAGGUCGUCCGCGUCGGCCACCACGCGAGCCUGGCGCUGUGGGCCGGCAACAACGAGGACUACAUGGUGGCCGAGCGCUGGGGCUGGGACCUCGACAUGAGCGACGAGACGGGGCCCUGGGACCAGACCAACUUCCCGGCCCGCGCAAUCUACGAGCGCGUGCUGCCCGCCGUUGUCGAGACCCUCGGCGGCGACGUGCCCUACUGGCGCAGCAGCCCCUACGGCGGCGCCUUCUCCAACGACACCACCGUCGGCGACACCCAUAUCUGGGAUGUCUGGCACGGCAAGAUGUCGGCGUACCAGGACUACAAGAGCUACACGUCGCGCUUUGUCAGCGAGUUCGGCUUCGAGUCCUGCGCGUCCGUGGCCACGAUGGAGCGCGGCAUCACCGUGCCCGCGGAGCGCCACGCGCAGUCGCGCCUCUUUGACAUCCACGACAAGGGCCCCGGCCACGCGCGCCGCUACCCCAUGUACAUGGGCGAGAACUUCCGCUUCCGCAUGAACCCCUUCCGCGACUUUGUGUACUGCACGCAGUUCUUGCAGGCCGAGGCCCUGCGCUACGCCUACAACUGCUGGCGCCGCGCGUUCCGCGGGCCCGGCGAAGAACACUGCGCCGGCGUGCUCGUGUGGCAGCUCAACGACAUCUGGCCCGGCACCAGCUGGGCCCUCGUCGACGUGGACCGGCGCCCGAAGCCGGCCUACUACAUCACCAAGCGCGCGCUCGCCCCGGCCGUCGUCGGCAUGGAGCGCACCGUCACCGGCGCGCCGUCCUACAUCACGACGGGCUAUCCGCCCGACCGGCACGCCCUGGACGUCUGGGCCGUCAACGGGGACCUCGCGGCCCGCCACGCCACGCUCACGCUGGCCGCCUACAACAUCCACACGGGCGCCCCGGUGCCGCUGCCGCGCGGCGUCGCCGCGACGCGCAGCGUAGUGCUGGCGCCGAACCAGACGACCGAGCUGGUGCGCCGCAUGGCCAUUCCCGCGGCCGACAGCACGGUCGUCGUCGCCUACCUCGACGGCCCUGCGCCAACGGCGGCGACGGCCGCGCCGCCCUCGCGCCUCGCCCGCUGGGUCUCCUGGCCCGAGCCGCUGCGGCUGGUGCGCAUGUCGCCCGCGCUGGCCGUCACGGCGACCGUGUCCGACGCCGGCGACCAGGUCCUGCUGACGGCCAAUGCGCCCGCCAAGGGCGUCACGCUGCACGUGUCGCCGACAGACGGCGUGGCCGACGCCGUCUUUGACGACAACUUUGUCGACCUCGUGCCCGGCGAGACCGUCGCUGUUGGCGUCCACGGUCUGCGCGGCCGCGCGGUGGAGGUGCGCUUCCUGUACGACUGGGAACUAAAGGAAGGAUUCGAGUUGUAG